AUUUUCUUAUAUGAUUUGAAAACAAAUACUAAAAACUUCACUUAAUUUGUAAAAAAAUAAAAAAAAAAUAAUAAAAAGUAAAGGUUUCAUAAAAAUUACAAUAACUUAUAAUAUAGUAUUGCAGUAAACCUGGAAAAUAAAAAAAAUUCAAUAAUUUAAUUAGAAUGGAAAUUCCGUUUUGCAAUGUAUGCAAAACAACUCAAUCACUGCUUCGUUGCGGAAAAUGCAAACAAAUUUAUUAUUGCUCAACAGAUCACCAGCAUUUAGAUUGGCAAAAUCACAAGCACUUAUGUCGUCAAAUAACAAAACAGAAAAAAGAAAAUCAAAUUAAGCCUCCACAUUUUUCUACACAACAAUCCCAUCAAGUGUCCUUCAAAGCUACGGAUGGGGAUAAAUUAUCUAGCGGUUCUGAUAAAAUUGUCCCCGAAAUUAGUUCAAAAAAUUCUAGUGAAAGUGUUCUUAAUAUAAGAGAUGAAAAAUACUUAUCUUUGGAAUUGAAUAGCACAAGCGAAAGAAGAUACGAGGAAUUAUGUCGAAUUAUAAUAAACGAUAUGAAUACAUAUGGCCUUUCAGUAGUAGAUGAUUUUCUUGGUGCUGAAAAAGGUUUACAAAUUUUAAAUGAAGUUCAUAAAAUGUACGCGGCUGGUGUUUUUAAGGAUGGUCAAUUAGUUUCUAAUUCAAUUGCUGAAGAAGAAAAACGUACUAUUAGAGGCGAUAAAAUUACAUGGGUUAGAGGAACAGAAUCAGGAUGUAUUAAUAUUGGUUAUUUAAUUAAUCAAAUUGAUGCAGUUGUUUCGAGAGCUAACACAAUGCACGAAAAUGGUCAAUUAGGUAACUACAAAAUAAGAGAAAGAACAAAGGCUAUGGUUGCUUGUUAUCCUGGGUCAGGAGCACAUUAUGUUAUGCAUGUUGACAAUCCAAAUAAAGAUGGCCGUGUAAUAACAGCUAUAUAUUAUUUAAAUAUAAAUUGGGAUAUACGUCGUAGUGGAGGAAUUUUAAGGAUAUUCCCAGAAAAUGGUAGUUCAAUUGCCGAUAUUGAACCUAAAUUCGACAGAUUAAUAUUUUUUUGGUCGGACAGACGUAAUCCACAUGAAGUUCAACCUGCACAUAGAACACGUUAUGCUAUAACAGUUUGGUAUUUUGAUGCGAAUGAAAGAGAAGCAGCAUUAAACCGUCAUAAACCUAAACAUAAUAGUAAAACAAAUCAAACGUAGCGAAUAGAAAUUUAAUUUAGUUUUUUUUUUAUAAUAUUACGGUGAAAACUUGGCAAGAAAGGCAAUACUUAUAGAAGCAGGUAUGAUUUCCCAUUUAAUUAAAGUUUUAAAUUUGCAGUUGAUCAAACUCAAAGUACUGUUCGUUCAAAUCAAACUAUAUAAGUCUACAUUAUAUGUAUUAUUUUGGAAAUUAAUGUAAUAGUAUUUUUUUGUUAAAAACUGUUGUUACGAGUGCUUUAACAGCAUUUGAACAUUACAUAACUCGUAAUUUUUUGCUCUUACAUAUAUGUCUAUUUAUUUGAUCAUGUUCUACUGGUAAUUAAGGUAAAUUCAAAGACACAAUUUUUAUAAAUGAAAUAGAUUAACUGAAGGGUUUAAAAAAAUUAUAUUUAUUAUUAAGUAUUUUUUUCAUGCUUCUCAGUCAAAUUAUAUUACAACAU